AUGGUCAAAUGCAUGGUCUAUCAAGACGAGAGCUUUCUCCAUGCGUAUGAGAUCGCAGAGACACGCAUACUAGUGGGGCGAGCUGCCAAAGACGGCGCCCAGCGCUCUGCUGAGCCAGGGUCCUUCUUCAUUCCACUCCCCGGGCCUGCUAUCUCGUCUCAGCACCUCGAAAUGGUGUUCAGCGCAGAAAAGAUUAUCAUAUCUGAUACUUCACGUGCAGGAACAACUAUCAAACACGGUGGAAUUUCGAAGACACUCAUGAAAGACACUUACGAGCUUGAUCCCAGUAGUGUCAAUCGGUUCCACGUUGUGUGCGAGUCGAAAGCCGUUGUGUUUAAGAUCGUUGUGACUGUGAAUGAAGCUGCUGAAGAGCAUGAGACAGGAGCAGUUCUGGCAGGUCUCGAUCAACAAGAAGCAGAACAAGACUCUGCCUCUGUAGCAAAGCAGGAACCACCGAAAAAGAAAACAACUCCAACCACGAAAAAGCCACGUACAGAGUCUGCAAAGACCUUAGGCCCCGCUAGCAAGGAAGACGCAGGGGUAAAGAAAACUACUAAGAAGACGCCUGCUGCGGCCAGUGAGAUCUCUAAGCCAACGGUAAAAAAGACGACUAAGAAAAAAGCCAAGAAAGCAGAUGGACUAGAUAUUGACGGUGAGGAACACGAAUCUAUCCGCCCAAGCACUAACGAGUCGUUUCAGGAGUUCACUGGGGAUGACAGCGACACUAGCGAUGAAGGACUAGACUUGCAAAGUACUGACGAAGAGUCUGAAAGCGACGGGGUGGCAGAGAACCCGGAAGAGUCUGAUCCUAAUGAAAAACUUCAAAUAGACGCGUGCUUUGAGAACUUGGACGAUGCGCCUCCAUUAGCUUAUAACAUCGAUGACUACACAGCACGGCGAGCACUCAUGCACACUAUUCAUUGUGACGAGUACAGUUUCACAGACAUCCUAGAUGGUCUUGGGCAGGAUGUGAAGGUCUGCUGGUGCAAUUAUCUUAACGAAGAGAUGAAAUCCAUUGUUGAGGAGCUGAACAUCCGCCAAGAUCUUGGAUAUGCUGCCGAUAAGGUCAAUGUAUUCUUUACGAACAAGUUUCGGAGGACGGCACGCUAUCUGAUGGCGAUCCACAGGGGCAUCCCCAUUCUCACAGAGACGUACCUUCAGAGAUGCAGGAAAACUGUGCUCAGAGACCCAAGUGUGGACUUUCCUCGGGCUCGAAAGUACUUGAUAAGCGUUUCUCGGGAAGAAGCAGCUGCUGGUGACCAGUCGCUCCUCAGCCGGAUGCCAGAGGAUUGGUCUCUUGCACGUGUAAUGGCCAAAUCUUUCAAAUACCCUGUUGUGUUUGUUGACAGCUAUCACAUAGUAAUCGUUCCAGAGGCCAUUCUGAACGUACCAAUGACAAAGCAGACGUCCGCAAAGGAUUUUAUUGCCCUGUACAGCUUUGGUCUCGUUGUCGCGGGCAUGGGUGUCAAGACCGUGAAGAUUGUUUUCGAAAGCGAAUUCGACCGAUGUCUCCACAAAAGAGAGAUCGAGGAGGACCUCCCAGAGCUCCAUAAAACCUCCUGCCGCGCCUUAAACCCUAACUUACAUCUAGACACUCUUGACGAUCGCAUACUUGAUGCAGCAAUGCUGGCCAAAGAAACCGAUGGUGUCGUCAUCCUGGUCGUCCCCCCACCAGAUAGCCCUCAUUACGAAAAGUAUCGAAAGUUCAGGGGCGUCUAUGCCGACACCGGGCUUAAAUUUAUCCAGAUGAAGCGCCAGGGGGUAAUAAAUAGCAUCUUACUGGGUGAGCCAGCCUUUAGAGAGCAAUAUGUGGAGUAA